CUUAAUUUCUCGUAGUCCUGAUAUUGCGGAUGCGCCAACUUGACUCACUAUCUUCUGGACUCAAUGCAGCUGAGUAUUCAACAUUUGUCUAUAAAAUUUCCCACUUCUGAUCGCAAGAAGAUUUUAUGGCGAUAGUGGAGCUAACGUUCAACGUUCAGCUGCUAACAGGCGCGUGCAUUCAAGUUCUGCAAUGACGCGCGCGCUGCACGUUCUACUCAUGAGGUUACUUUCCCAUGAAGCCGUCCUGAUGACACAUAUCGUUGUCUGUCCAAAUCAUUCACAAUCAAGCAUGCAUAGCAUACGGGAAUACCUGACCGGCGCACCGUCUUGCCUGAUCGGCAUCAGACGAAGCAUGCCAGAAAGGCACACGAGACGAAGUGCGGCUUUUGUAUCAUUAAACUCUAACGCACAGCGUGCAAGUACGCAAAGAGACUUAUAGCUGCCUCCUGCGCUCUAGACAUCUGCUGCUCAUAUUAUUCGCAACAUAUUUGCCACUACCAACCAUGCCGCCCCACAAAGCUAUCGACGUCGUUCUCGACGCUGUUCCUCCGAUCCUCGAGCUAGUUGGUGAUGCCCUAGAAGCUGUCUCCGUGCCUGGUCUGCCUCUGAUCGCGAAAGGGCUCAAUCUUCUAAUCGAGAGAGUCAUAGUCAUCCGCAAAAAUAAGGAGGCACGUAAUGCCUUCCUUGCUCAGACCAAUGAACUCAAGAUUGUCAUCAACACGACGGCGGUAAAGGUGAAUGCCAUAGUUGCUGGGUACGAUGGCGAUGCGCAAGAUAAGGAAGAGUUGAAAGAAAAGAUCAAGCACUCUGAUGACCUGCAGAAGCGGAUAAGAGAUCUGCAAAGCACGAUCGACGACCUCCGGGGACGCGCAGGAGAGUUGAAGGGUGGGAAAGGAUUCCGUGGAUCCAUUAAAGGGUUCGUCUAUGGUUCUUGGAACCAGGCGAUCCUAUCGGACAUGAAGGAUGAGAUGAAAAGAGCACUAGAACGAUUCAAGCUAGCUGGCUCGAUUUCCAUUGAGAGCAUUGUUGACAGUGUUGCACAAACAACGAAGCGGAUUCAACGCCAAUUACGUGAAGCUGAGGACCAGAAGAUUAUAGACUCCAUCCCUCGAGCAGACGCAGGCUAUCGGUCGGUAGACGAACUCAAGAGUGGGUUUAUGCAAGGCACUCGUAAGGAGCUAUUCGUAGAGCUGGAGCAGUGGUCGACUGGUAGAUUCCCCGAGGACAAGCCUAAGCGAUUUUACUACCUCGGCGGCGGAGCGGGCCUAGGGAAGUCGUCGAUUGCCCACCAGCUCUGUGUCCGCUACGGUACAGCAGAACAUCUCUCACUCAGACUCGGCGCAUCGUACUUCUUCGUCCGUGGACGCGGAGACCUCGAGGAUGCUCGCCUCGUCUUUUCGACGCUCGCACGCCAGCUCGCGGUGUCUCAGCCGACCCUUCGCCCUCACAUCAUUAGCGCUGCACGGGAAUACCUCAACCACGGCGACCGGCAGCAGAUGCAGCAUGCAUUUGAGGGACUCCUACGGAAGGCUCUCACCGCCGCUUCCGCGGACCAGGUGCCGAUAUUGCUCGUCAUCGACGGGGUAGACGAGUGCAAGGACAGAAAUCUUGUCCCUAGCUUGCUUCAGUCCCUGCUUGCGCUAGUCCGCGAGCUACCUUGGCUGUACGUCUUCGUCGCAUCACGGCCAGAGCCUCACAUCCUGUCGGUUGUCGCGCCUUCCGGCUCGGCCGACAUCGUUCACCAUAUGCGACUAGAAGACACACUGGAGGACUGGGGCGAUGACGUAAAGUUUUACCUCGAAGAGACGGUUCCGAAGAUCCCCACCUACGGCGAUUUCCUCGACAAACACCCUGGCUCCCUUGAACGGCUCAUCCGCCGUGCGGCAGGCGUGUUCAUCUUCGCCCGCAUCGUGGUAAAUUUCUUGGAUAUGCACCGGAAUCAUCCAGAGGAGUGGUUCGAGCUUGUUCUCUCAGGCGGAGGUCCAGCAAUGUCACCCCUCGACGCGUUGUAUCUGCAGAUCCUGCGGUCCGCAUUUCCCCCCGAAGACUUGCGCGCCUCACCUCCUGAACAUAAGCGCCUCCUUUCGUUCCUGCGCUUCGUGGUGUUGGAGUCUCACCGGGUAAAUCCUGAAACCAUUGCGUUUUACGAACGCGAUCUGUCCUUUGACGAUGUCUUCUACAUUGCGGACCGCCUGCGCUCUGUGCUGAUGAUCGACAAGGCCGGAGAUUUGGUGCCCCUUCACGCCUCGUUCGGCGAGUUCCUUGUCGAUGAGCAUCGGUGCAGUGAUGCGCUUUACCGCGUGGACAAGUCUGAAGGGCAUGCUCACCUUGCAUGUGCUUGUUUAGCAGCCAUGUCCUUUGAGAAUCGUACAUAUUACCUGCAAGACGCGCCGCCCCAGCAUACCCGCGUCAACUUCGGUGUAAUGGUGGACAGCUGGUGGAAACAUGUUAAGCAAGCCAAAUAUACCGUGGAGUUGGAGGAGCAGCUAUCUGGGUUCGUGCAAGAUACUCGACUGGUCUUGCAUAUGUGGAUCUACACAGAAUUUCGUCCUGAAUUCAACAACUAUUCUGUACGGUAUAUAUGGGACUGUCUCCAGCCUUCUGGAGCCAGGAAAGUGAUAUGCUCAGAGUUCCUCAAGUUCGGUAUUUAUAUCAAAUUAUGGCAGCUCGGCGUGCUCACGUCUCCAAGUCGUACUCCGCCAGAGAUCAUCUCAGACGACAUAUCUCAGGCCAUUCAAAGGCUUCCCCAUAAUCAUCAAGAACUGCUUCCUGGCCUGGACCUCGCUGUCGACAACAGCCGCUUGACACAAUAUCAGGCCAUCAUGGCGAAUUUCAUGACACAGAUAAAUCGAGAUGAAGCGACCAAGGAGCUGUGGUGCAAGGAUUUCUAUGUGAACGAGGAGCAUACUUGUUUGAUAGGCCAGGACUCCAAUCGCUCUCAGCCCAGCGCAUCUCUCCCUGUCACCACCUCGUCGUCUUCAUCCACCACCUCUGUCACACAGGAAAUGAUUUCCGCACUUAUCCCAGACGGCAGUACCGUCCUUUCUUCCGGUAACGGCGGCUUGGCAUCCGAUGCGGCUGAUACUGGUAACAUCCCGUUGCCAAUCGAUCCUCCUGGCGGUGGACUCCUCGGUUGACCUGCGACCACAUAUAUGACUGCGUCUGGCGUUCACACCGGGCCAGUACCCGCAUCCGCAGAUGGCAGGAUGCCCUCCACUUUCCCACUACGCACUUCAAGCUCUGCUAAUGAAGGGCCCACGGUACCUAAUCCGAGGGUCGGGAGUUAUUAGCCCGUAUACUCUUCCUUAUCACUCACAUUUCUCCGUCUUUCUCCUGUCAUAGCCGCAUAGAAAGAUAUUACUCCAGAGAUCCAUGGACUACUAUCUAGUACGAAACAUGUUUUAUGUAUGGCGCGCGAAAUAAAUGAGCCUGCGCUGUAAGAAGAGAGGAAGAAGUCGGAUGAAGACGGUGACGGAGAGACGCCUGCUCAUCGUCGCCUGACAUGAGGCUCUUCGUCGCUCAGCACCUGUUUCCGCACGUCCUUCGACUUCGGCGGCGGUCGCUCGUCCUCUUCCAUCGGUGUCAGCGUAGUCAUACGCCCUAGAUCCAGCGGCAGCGGCAGCAAGCGCACUGGCAUGCAGGACGUCGCUGUUAACAACGGCGCGGAUGAACGUCGUAUUACUUUCUCCCUCAUCGUUGUACACCCAAAAUUCCUCCUGUUUGUACGGUCGAGCGUCAUUAAUCAUCAAGUGCCAAUCUUCUCGGAAGUCGAGGACAUAAUUGUAGCGAUGUGUUUUUGAAAGGUGGGCGUCGUGCUUGGCUUCUUUAUGAUCUCGCACUAGUUAGAGUAGAGCUGCAAGAGAUAUCAGACUAUACAAACGGACAGACAGCAGCGACG